AUGACGCAGCUCUUCAACUCGUCGUCGGGCCACUCGACGCACUCGCACACCCCGUCGGCUGAAAAGCGCGCCUUUACCGGCGCGCCCAUCUCUACCAACAAGCAGGUCAACGGCUCCAACAGCCAGGUCUCGCAGAAGAUCAAAAACUUCUUCCGCAUCAACACAGGCAGCAGCAAGGACAGCAUCGACACCAAGCACAGCGGCGAUGGCGCCUCGUCGCACUCCAAGUCGGACAACAAGUCCAGCUUCCGCCAGUCGCGCUUCUUGCCACACAUCGGCCGCAAUCGCUCAGCCACGGUAGCCAGCGAGGGCAACCCGCUUGACGAGGGCAUGUCCCCGACCGCGCACGCGAAUCCCUAUUUCAUCCAUCAGGGCCCCCCCGCCCUGCGCCACCACAACGAAGGCAGCGUGCCCCCUUCUCCGCCAGACACUCCCCCGAUUGCCAUCACCAAGGCCGAGGACGUAGAAGUAUCUGGCGACCAAGCGACAACGGCUGGCAAGGAAGAACUGGCGCGAAAGCUGCGUCGUGUGGCGUCGGCGCCGAAUGCGCAGGGGCUCUUCUCCAAGAGUGGCUCGGGCGAUCGCCCUCAAACGGCGGAGAUGGGCAAGCAGCCACUCGUACAACAUGGAAACAGCUCCGCGCUAAGCAUGGUCGAGACGGCUGUCGACGACGACCACCUCGCGAUUCCCUCGGGAGAGGGUACCAUUCCCUCUCCCGGCCAGAUUCGCAACAGCCUAGCAUUCAGGAGAACGUAUAGCUCGAAUUCGAUCAAGGUGCGCACCGUCGAAGUCGGCCCGGGCAGUUUCGACAAGAUCAAGUUGAUCGGAAAGGGAGAUGUGGGCAAGGUGUACUUGGUGCGCGAGAAGAAGUCUAGCAGACUGUACGCCAUGAAGGUGCUCAGCAAGAAGGAGAUGAUCAAGAGGAAUAAGAUCAAGCGCGCGCUGGCCGAGCAAGAGAUCUUGGCCACCAGCAACCACCCGUUCAUCGUUACCCUGUACCACUCAUUCCAGUCCGAAGAUCACCUGUACCUCUGCAUGGAAUACUGCAGCGGCGGAGAGUUCUUCAGGGCACUGCAGACGCGCCCUAACAAGUGCGUCGACGAGGAUGCGGCGAGAUUCUAUGCUGCCGAAGUCACGGCUGCACUGGAAUACUUGCAUCUUAUGGGCUUCAUCUACCGCGACCUGAAGCCUGAGAACAUUCUUCUUCACCAGUCCGGACACAUUAUGUUGUCAGACUUUGACCUGUCCAAGCAGUCCGACCUCGGCGGAAGGCCCACCAUGAUCCUUGGCAGCAAGGGCAACUCGGUCAACUCCCUCCCCACCAUCGACACCAAGUCCUGUAUCGCAAACUUCCGCACGAACUCGUUUGUUGGUACCGAAGAGUACAUUGCUCCGGAAGUCAUCAAGGGCUGCGGCCACACCAGUGCCGUCGACUGGUGGACGCUGGGCAUUUUGGUGUACGAGAUGCUGUACGGCACCACGCCUUUCAAGGGCAAGAACCGCAACGCCACGUUUGCGAACAUCCUGAGGGAUGAGGUGCCAUUCCCCGAAAGCUCCAACGCGCCGCAGAUUUCCAAUCUCUGCAAGUCCCUCAUCCGCAAGCUCCUCAUCAAGGACGAACUGAAGCGUCUUGGUUCCCGCGCGGGUGCUUCUGAUGUCAAGGCGCAUCCAUUCUUCCGCACGACGCAGUGGGCGCUGCUGCGCCACAUGAAGCCGCCAAUGAUUCCGAACCAAGGCACCGGCAUCGACACGAUCAACUUCCGCAAUGUCAAGGAGAGCCAGAGCGUCGACAUUGGCGCCUCGAAGGUCAAGGGCGUUCCGCUGGACUCUGGUCUUCAAACUCCAGGAACCGAGCCGGUCAACGAUCCGUUUGAGGAGUUCAACAGUGUCACGUUGCAUCACGAGGGCGACGAGAUGAGCGGAGGAUACGGGCAGAAUGCCGAGGGAAGGUAG